AUGCCAACUGGUACAUUAGAAGUUUUUAUUGCUGAAGGACGCCAUCUUAAAGAUCGUGAUAUUAUCGGUAAAAAUGAUGCAUAUGUAGAAGUUUAUUUAGAAAAAAAAUAUAAACAACGUACAAAAAUCAUCAAAAAUACCAAUGAUCCAGUAUGGAAUGAACGAUUUACAUUUAAUAUUCAUAAGGGUGAUGAUACAAUUCACUUUGAUGUAUAUGAUGAUGAUCUCAUUGGUAGAGAUUCAGUUGGAAGUGGUAAAAUUAAAUUGAAACAUGUUUUUGAUGAUGGUAAAUUUGAUGAAUGGAUCAAAUUACCAGCUAAAUUAGGUCUCUCAUCUCAUGGCGAAAUUCAUGUCAUUAUGAAUUUUACACCUAUAACUAUAAAACCAAUAGAAAUACCCGAUGAUAAAGAAAAUUCAAACGAUCAUGCUCAAAUUCGGACUAAUAUAAAAUCUGGUAGUCAAUCAGCUCAUGCAUCUAGCAAAUCGCGUUCAAUAAUUGAUUAUGAACAACCAAAUCGGAAUAUAAUAACAGUUCAUGGAGUACGACCACAUCACAAUUAUACAACAGAUUCAACUGCUUCAAUACCAAUUAUUAAUCAUAAAAAAGACGAGAAAAAACCUUUAUCAAAAAUGACACGUCCAAGUUCGAGAACAUUGGUAGUAAAAAGUACUCUUCAAGAAUUUCGUCAAUAUCCUGAACGAUUUUUAAGUAAAACAAAUCGUUAUUUACCAUUACUUCGUCAUCAAGCUGUGAAAACAACUGAAUCCAAUAAAUGUCAUACAAAACAAGAAAAAGAACAUACACAAUUUUCAUCAUCUAAUUCACAUCAUUCUAGUGAAACAAAUGUAACAUUUGAUGAUGAAUCAUUAUCUCUUAUUGAAGAAGUUAAAGAAAGAAAAUCUGAUAUUGAUUCUCAUAUAUCCGAUUUGAUUAAUCAUGAUCAUAGACAAUCAAAAGAAGUUGAUAAAUUAAAUAAAAUCGAUUUAAUGAAAACAGUUAGUGAUGAUAAAUCUGAACGUAAAUUAGCAUUAUUACGUCUUCGUGAUCGUGAAUAUAAUCAUUUACAAACAUUAAUUCAUUCAAAUCGUAUUGAUCAUAUUCUUAAACCAUUAUCAUCAAUUAAAACUAUUGAAAAUCAAUCACGAAAAACAAUAAAUCUAAAUUAUAUUUUAAAUUCUAUGGAUUCAUUCUAUUGUUCGAAAACGCUUGAUAAACAUAAACGAAAACAAAUAUCGAUAGAUAAAAAUCCAUCGAAAUUACCUAUUUUAAUAUCUUGA